AUGGGAGCAUGCUCCCAAGGUCAGCCUCUAGCUAUUCGACGAUCCGCUCGCACCGCUCCAUCUCAUCCGCUACUACUAUCCGCCCAAGACCUGUUGCGGCGGACGCCGAGAGCAAUAUCACCGGACAAAUCUCGUCGUCCCCUCCUGCCAUGUCCGGUCUCGAAGAAUUCUACAGACCACCUCAGACAAGUGCGAGAGGAAUCGAGGAGGUCCUGGAGGAACCUCAGCGCAUCCUGGAGGAACCUCAGCGCAUCGCUGAGCGCCGUCCUCUUCUUCCCAGGAACCCAUCCGCAAAUAGAGUUCCAAAGGCCUCGCCUCCAGUCGGUACGUUCUGCGCCCAACCGAGCUGAUGUAGAUAUCUCUCAGUGGUCCAGAGUCUGGCCACCAUCUCCUGCUACAGUCGCCGUCACAAAGUGCUGUAUUGCCUAUCUCAUCGGUUCACUAUUCACCUUCAUCCCCGAACUCGCUCGUAUACUGUCCACCGGGACUCAAGAGGACGCUCAUGGACGGGUCCGCCCUAAGCCUGCCUACUCGGCCCAUAUGGUCGCUACCAUCGUUGUCUAUUUUCACCCCGCCAAAUCAGCCGGAAAUAUGCUCCUCGCCGACCGUUACGCCUCCAUCCUCAUGCUCUUCGCGGUCAUGAUGUGCAUAUUGUCCAUGUACACGGUCCAACUAUUCGACCACUUUUCGCCAAGUCUAGGAGACAAGUGGGACUGGAUCAGCGAGACAGGCGACUGGGUCGUCAACUUUCUGUACAUCGGAGGAAGCAUGGGCGUGCUUGCCUGGGCAAAGAUCUGGGUCGGGAAUCCCAGUUUCAAUUCUGGUUGCUCUAUGGCAGCGGUCACGAUCUUUUCGGUAGUCAUCAAGGAGGGCAACAUGCCAAAGCUGGUCGAGAUACUGUUGAUUGUCAUGUUUGGAGUGAUCAUCUCCAAUAUCAUCUGCUUUGUCGUCUUCCCCACCACCGCUACGACUCGACUCCAAAACUCAAUCUCCCGCUCCCUCACAUCCUUCUCCACUCUUCUCGACCUCCUCACCUCCACAUUCCUGUUCGAGCAGCAUAUCCUCAAAUCCACCCAGACCUCCCUCCGACAAGCCAUCACAGACCACGCCAAGGCAUUCAAAACGCUCAAAGCGGACCUGGCCGAGGCAAAGCACGAGCGGGUCCUUGACCCUCGCGUCCGUGGGCGCAAGCUCAAGCUGUACGACGCGGCAAUCGGCAGUCUCGCUCGCCUCGCUCAGCACAUCAGCGGAAUGAGAAGCUCGACCAAGCUGCAGGAAAGUCUCAUCAGAGCAGUUCGAGAGGGGAAGCUGAACUUGGACGAGGAGAAGAUGGAUAGCACAUCUGCGGAUGAUGCAGAGCUGGCCCAGAGUGCGAAGCUGCUCAUGCGUUUCCGCGAGAUGGCGGGGGACGAGAUGAAUGAUCUCAAUGCAUGCUGCGAUGAAGCACUCGAGGCGGUCAAGGUCUUGACACGCGCAAGCAACCUGAAUGUCGACCUUCCCGCAACUCGUCAGCGCCUGACGACUUCGCUCGCUACCUUCUCCCACACAUCCAGCUCGGCAAUUAAGCGUCUCUACGCCGGGCCACGGAGGGAACAAGGCGUAUACCAAAACGAGCGGGACGACAGCGAAGACGAGGACUUGCCAGCUAUCGGGGAGAUCGUUGAUGGGCCAAAUGAGACUGUGUUCCUGAUCUACUUCUUUCUCUUCACAUUCGAAGAGUUCGCAAGGGAAAUGCUGUUUCUGCUGGAUACCGUCAUCGAGAUCGUACAUACCGAGACCCCUUCCGUGCUGGACCAUAUUCGGUCUGUCUUGCCAUUCGGCCAGCGCCGUCAACAGCCCAGGCGUACUUUCCUGUAUCAGCAGCUUCCCUGGCUGACGCCUGAAAAUCUUGUCCCGAUAGAUCCGUCAAAGCUGCAAGCGCCAGUCUUCCCCCGCGCCAAAACGGACACCACCUCUCCGUUGCGCCAGGUGUCACUGUACGCUCGACUGCGCCAGCGAUGGUGGGCAUUUGGAGAAUGGCUGAGGCAGCCCGAGAUCCGCUAUUCCAUCAAGAUCUGGAUCGGAGGAGCUAUACUUGCCGCUCCCGCGUACACCGAAUGGGGGAGAUACUGGUUCCUCGAGUUCCGGGGAGAAUGGGCGUUGAUCGCCUUCUUCUCCGUUAACAACCCAACACUGGGUCAGACCAAUGCUAUGUCGUUUUACCGGUGUGCUGGGACAUUUAUCGGCGCCCUCGUCGGCGUUAUCGUAUAUCAUCUGUUCCCUCAAAAUGCCAUUCUACUCCCAAUGGCCGGCUUCCUAUUCUCCAUACCCUGCUUUUACAUCGUCACCCAGAUCCCAGAUCAUGCUCAGACCGGUCGCUUCACCCUACUUGCCUACAAUCUUACCUGCCUAUACGCGUACAACUCGCGCGAGCGCAACUACUCGGUCUGGCGAGUGGCGAUAUACCGCUCAGGAACAGUCAUCAUCGGCGCGCUUUGGGCUGCUGUGGUCUCGCGAUACUGGUGGCCAUAUACAGCGAGACGAGAGUUGCGGAUGGGGAUCAGCGAUCUUUGUGUCGACUUGUCAUAUCUCUACUCUCGCCUUGUCGACGCCAACAACCAAGAUAUCGCCGAGUCCAAUGGUCAUACCGAAGAGACGCCGUUGGUCGCUGGAUCAAAGAUCGCCCAUCCACAUCUUACAGCUUCUGUUCAGCAAUUACUUGCCAUGGAGCUACAUCUCCAAUCGCAGCUGACGACCCUGCGGGACCUCCUCGUACUGACGAAGAAUGAGCCUCGCCUGAAGGGCCCGUUCCCGACGUCAUUCUAUAGCGAGGUACUGCUAAGUCUGGAGCGGAUGCUGGAUAGGCUACAUAGCAUGCGCUGCGUGACGACUCGGAGCGAGUGUGUCAGAACCGAGUUCGACGCGCACGUCAGUAAAGAGCGGAUCGAAAUGACCGGCAGUGUCAUCCUCUAUCUGUACACCAUCUCAGCAGGCUUCAAGCUCCGAACACCCCUUCCGCCCUAUCUGCCACCCGCAGAGCUGAAUCGCCAACGGCUCGUCGCGGCUAUCAGGGAGCUAGACGUCGUCAAGCGCCGCUCAGCCAGAGGCGGGAACAAGCACCUGCUGUACUUUGCAUAUGCGCUGGCGAUGCAGGAAGUGAUUGCGGAAUUGGGAUAUCUGGGGGAGAUGAUGCAGGAUACGUUCGGGGUGAUUGGUCAGACGUACACGCCGGUGUAG